UGUCAGAAGCGCUGGAACGCGCCCUGACAGGGAGGUGGGGCCGUCGGGAUCGCGCUUUGGCUGGUAAUGUUUGUGAUCACAGUUCCCAGCUAGCUGCUGCAUGAUGUGUCCAAAGUGAUAGCUAACAAUGGGGUUCGGGGACCCCGGCGCAUCGGGGCGGACAGACAUUAGAAAUCACCGCAGGGACAGAGCCCGCCAGGGCGGGUAAAGAGAAGACCAAACACCGCUACCGAAUUACAAUAAACUCUGAAUCUUGGGAUAGCGACUGUCACAUUUUAAACAAGGUAACUAGAACAGACACACCGGCCGGGGUGAGCUGCUGGAAUCUGUGCAAGGCUGUGCAAAGAUUUACGCUCAUUCUGGAUCAGAGGGCUGUAAAACCGCCUGGAUAGGGGUGGGUGCUCCGGGAUAUUCCAUGGCAAUUGUAUCGAUUCAUGAAGCAGCGGAAAACGGAUAAUAUCAGCUUGAAGCUGUAAUAUACAGAGACGCCUAUAGAAGCAGUAAGUACAGCAGUUGUUGUUUUUUACCUUCCGCGGGGCGGCGAUGUCAACGUUCUGCCUGGACUUCACAUCGUCCCCGACAGCAACUUCAGCACCAUCGGAGCUGGACAGCGACUGCAUGGAGCACAAGUCAGCCCACAACAUGAAACCCCCUCCGGGCACCGGGGGCUUUCUACAGGAUCUUACCGGGCGAUCGCUCCUCUACCCCGGCCCGGGAGGCCUGGGGCUAGCGCUGGAAGAAGAGCUGGCCAUGCUUGCCGGGGAGCAGGAGGACUGUGGAGAUAUGGCUGGGCUGGAAGCUCCUAUCAACGGGCAGGACCCCGACUUGCUGUCGCUAAUUAGGCAUAAGGAAAAGGACUUGGUGUUGGCCGCUAGACUGGGGAAGGCUCUGCUUGAACGGAAUCAGGAUCUGACUCGGCAAUAUGAGAACAUGCACAAAGAUCUGACGGAGCAGUUAGAGCUCUUGGAGCAGGAGAAGCAUGAGCUGCGGCGGCGCUGUGAGAGCCGGGAGGGGGAGUGGGAGAGCCGCGUGGCCGAGCUGGAGGGGGACGUGCAGCAGCUGCAGGAGGAGCUGGAGCAGCACCAGACCCAGCUGAGAGAGGUGGAGAGAGAGAAGAGCCGCGCUGUCAAGGAGCUCUCCGAACAGAACCAGCGGCUCCUGGAGCAGCUCAGCCGGGCGGCGGUGGUGGAGCGGGAGCUGUCUGUCCAGGUCCACGCGCUGCGAGACGAGUUCCGGGAGAAGAGCGUCUCCACCAACCAGCACAUGUCACGUCUGGAGAGUUUGCAGGCUGAGCAGAUCCUAGAGAUAAAGAUGCUGUCCGAACGCAAGCGGGAGCUGGAGCGGCACGUAGGAGCCACGCUGCAGGAGAACGAGAUGCUGCAGAACACGAUAGAGGACCUGCAAGAGAGGACGCUGAUGCUGGAGCGACAGAGUCACGACAAGGACCUACAGCUGCGUCAGAACCAGCUGGAGCUGCAGGAGGUGCGCCUGUCUCACCGGCAGCUGGCCGCGCGCAUGGAGGAGCUGAGCGAGGAGAGGAGCCUGCAGAGCCUGGGCCCCACCUCCACCUCCCUGCUGUCUGAGAUCGAGCAGAGUAUGGAGGCAGAGGAGCUGGAGCAGGAGAGGGAGCAGCUGAAGCUGCAGCUCUGGGAAGCUUUUUGCCAGGUGCGCUCAUUAUGCUCACAUCUCAGAGGAAAUGAUGUCACAGACUCCGCCCUGUCCACGGACUCCUCGAUGGACGAGUCGUCAGAGACGUCUUCGGCGAAGGACGUCCCGACAGGUAGUCUGGACACGGCGCUGCACGAGCUGAAGAGACUCACACAGAACCUGCUGGACGGCAACGAGUCUACGGGCUCCCGGCGCAGUGACGAGGAGGCUCUGGAGGAGCAGGUGAGGAAGCUGGGGGAGGAGUCGCGCACGCUGCGGGAGCUGUACGAGAGCGAGCAGAGCAAGGCCAGGGACAGCCAGGAGGAGGCGCUGCAGCUUCACAACCAGGCCACGCUGCUCUCCCUGGAGAUGAGCUCGCUGAAGGAGGAGAGGGAGCGUCUCAGAGCCAUGACAGAGGAGCAGGAGCAGAGCGAGCAGGUCCAGAGAGCCAUCCACGACCGCGACGAAGCCAUUGCAAAGAAGGCCGCGGUGGAGAUGGAGCUGGCUAAGUGCAAGAUCGACAUCAUGGCUCUGAACAGCCAGCUCCUCGACGCCAUCCAGCAGAAAGUGAACCUGUCCCAGCAGCUGGAGGCGUGGCAGGAUGACAUGCAGAGGGUCAUCGAUCAGCAGCUGAUAGACAAGCACCAGGAGGAGUGGAGCGAAACGCCCUAUUCCUUCUCUAGGGGGGCGGGCCGACGCAGCCGAGCGCCUCCCCACGCCAGGCUGGAGCGAGCUGGGGAGGACAGCGAGGGGAAGAGCCUCUUCUCCUUCUUCAAGAAGAACUGAGCCUGUCAGAUACUAUCACAUGACAUUUUAUAUUUAUAUUCAUUAAAAAAAGAGACUAUCGUCAGCAAGGGAGAACCCAAAGAAUGAAAAGUAUUUUUUGAUAAAGGUUUAAGAUAUAAAUGUUUACAUGAGUUAGAGUUCUGGGAUUCAAUUUAGACAAGGGAUGCUCAGUAGAAAGGGUCACAGUCAGCACAGUCAGAUUUUAGAUUUUUUGAUGUCGAGCGCAGGAAGUUUAGUUCCUACAGAAAGAAAAAACACAAAGCUGAGAAUCGAGUCUGGUGCAAAAGAUGGCAACGGAACACCGAUGCUCUUUUGAGUUGAGUUCGAUACACACUAGUCAUCAUCACAGAAGCGAACUCCAAUGAUCUGGAAUGGAAUGCUGUCACUAGAAUUGUGAACAGCACUGUUUCCUGCAGGUUGUGAUUCUGAGGCUGUGCUUAAGUGCUUGACAGUCAGGCUCCAGUUUCUGUCAAAGGCAGGAAGUCCGGAGAAACUGUUUCCCUUUGUCCUUAAUUUAGAACGAAUAGCUUUCCGAUCCGAUGCUCUGGAGUUAUGUGAAAUGCAUCCGAUCCCUCUCCCUGUAUGAAAGUGUGUGCUCUGGAGUUAUGUGAAAUGCAUCCGAUCCCUCUCCCUGUAUGAAAGUGUGUGCUCUGGAGUUAUGUGAAAUGUAUCCGAUCCCUCUCCCUGUAUGAAAGUGUGUGCUCUGGAGUUAUGUGAAAUGUAUCCGAUCCCUCUCCCUGUAUGAAAGUGCGUGCUCUGGAGUUAUGUUUAAUGUAUCUGAUCCCUCUCCCUGUAUGAAAGUGUGUGCUCUGGAGUUAUGUGAAAUGCAUUUCUAAAACCCUGAAGCAAUAGUGAACGUCUGGCAUGUUAUCUGCACCACGGAGGAGGAUUAGUCCCAUUGAAAUCCUGUUCACUUUUAAAGGAAAUACAGCAGGAUUGUAUUUUGCAGAAUAGGGAAGGGGUGGCAGUUUCUGAAAACAUGGAGCACUUUGACAGAAGAAUGUUAUGCUAAACUGUCAAUCAAUGGUGGGACCUUAAUAUGACAACAGAAAAGGGCGAUUGUAUGUACAUAUAUGUAAAGUAACACACUACAUGUAACUCGUUACUGUAAAUCUGAUGAAAUCUUUCAGUAAUAUCAUACAGUUUGCAUCCUUUUAGGGACAGGUAGUGAAAACAUUACCGUUGGUCCCAUUUUGUUUUUUCAAACCAUGGCUAAUGCACAGCAUGGGAUGUGAAGGCCCUUCAGCAAUGCAAUUCAGAUCUUACAUACCGUUAAAUAUCAUCUCAUUACAAACUGGCUUCAGAGGAGGGAACGAGGGGAUCCAGAGCUGGAUCUUCAGAGAAGAUUUCGAGCUGCAGCCUGACCAAACUGGAAGCAGCAGCUCUGGAAAACGGAAACUGGAACCACUUACAUUUCUUUCAAAAUAAGAAGUUACUGUAACUGGUUACAGUUGAUAAAGUAACUCAACUAUAACAACUCGUGACUAUAACAAAUUACUUUUAAAAAGUAACACCCCCAGCACUGUUUAUGUACGUGUAUGUGAGUAUAUACACACACACGCGCACACACAGACGAAGAAUCCAGCAUCAGUUUCAGUUUGGGUUCAGAAACCACUUCUGCCCUUGUAGGUUUUACUUUCUGUUACUUGGACUGUAGAAUGUGGAAUGCACGGAUUGAUGAUGUAUGAAACACUGUGGGCAUCUUGCAAUGUGAAAACGAUCAGUUUGUACAUACAGAACAUACAUAGUAAUGUACAUAAGACAGUUUACAGCUGUUCGUUUUUCUAGAUGGAAUUGAAUUUCUAAUGCAGUAUGUACUAUUUGUAUAUAUAUUUAAAAAGAAAAAAGUGUACUGUUUUAUAUGUACCUGUACAUGGAAAAAUGCAUAUUUUUAGUAUGAAAAACACUGCUUUUUAUAGUCCGGACUCGUAGGGAGUAAUAAUAAAAUAAAUAAUAUUUUAAAAAAAUCUAUUAAGUGUUUGUGCAAAAGCCACUGUGACACAAUAAAGAGAAAUGUUUUA